UGGUUAGUCUCUAAGGAGCCACAAGUACUCCUUUUCUUUUAGGGUAAGUAUUAACGCUGCAUGCCUUAGGGAGCUCUGUCUCUAUGUCUCCCUUGCGGAACAGGGGCGUCUUUAUUGUAUGCCUUUUAUCGCACCUCGCAAACAAAGUAGAGGGGACAGGGACACAAGCGUAUUGGUGUCAGUGUGGAGCCGCCCGGGGAAGAGGACGCUGCGAAUGCGCGAGGCAGGCGUGUAAAUGGGGAGACACACAGUGAGCCCAGCGAGGCCGCCUUCAGUCUCCGACCGCUCGCUUUGCCCUUCGCCUUGCGGUCUGCGCCCCGAGCCGCCGGACUCCGCCGCCCGGUCACCGAGCCGCUGCCGUGCCCGGGGCGGCGGGGGGGGAGCUUCGCCCGGCCCCUCGUGCCGCAGCGUGGUUCGAGCGGGGAGAGACGGAGCUGGCUAUUAGGCCCUUUUACCCAAUCGCAAGGUGGAUGGGAGGAAAUGUACAUUUGGCAAGUCUCAGCGCCUGACUGGAAAAGCGAAGAAAAAGUAGAAGUGCUCUUGUUACUCGGCCAUGCCCACGCCUCUGCGGAGCGGGGACGCGGACAAGGAAGCAACCUCCCAGGGGCAGCGAGAGGAGGCAAGUCUCAACAGAAGCUACAGAAAUGGAGAAUGGGACCGAGCCUGCCUGCGCGGCAAACGAGCGCCCGUUUGCUCACGAAAUUGUCAGAAGCCUUGAUCUAACAGGUAUAUUUCUCUUUGCCAUCUUGACUCUAAUGACGCUAACAGCCAACCUGGUGUUUGUAGAGGAAGUGUUCUAUAUCUACAAGAAAACCCCCUCCUCUAAAAGGACAAUUUUUAUUUGGAUAAAUGCAGCGGCUCCGGUUAUAGCUACUACAUCAUGCGUCGGGAUGUGGAUUCCUCGCUCAACAAUGUUUACAGAUUUCACUGCAGCAGUUUUUUUUGCCAUUGUGAUGCACAAGUUCAUGCUGAUGAUGAUUAAAGAGUGUGGAGGUCAAAAGUUAUUUCUCACUAGAUUUGAAAAUGAUCGUUUCAAGAUCAGCACAGGUCCCUUCUGUUGCUGUUGCCUUUGCCUCCCUCAUGUACACAUCACUAGACGAACCCUGUUUCUGCUGAAGUUGGGGACCUUUCAAUUUGCUUUCCUUCGACCUGUGCUAAUGUUUCUAUCAAUAGUGCUUUGGACCAAUGGAAACUACAGCCUUUCUGAUUUUACUCCUAAUGGAGCUGCAAUAUGGAUUAACUGCUUUGUCGGUGUCCUUACAAUGAUUGCUCUAUGGCCAAUUGGAAUCAUGUUUCAACAAGUUCAAGUUCUUCUUAACCCUAAGAAGAUCAGCCCUAAGUUUGCACUUUAUCAGUUUGUCCUCAUUCUGAGCCAACUCCAGGCAGCCAUCAUCAACAUCCUGGCUCUACAAGGAAUUAUUCCCUGUGCACCACCUCUGGCUUCUUCAGCCAGAGGAGCAUAUAUGAAUCAACAGCUCCUCAUAAUGGAAAUGUUUCUGAUAACACUGAUCUCAAGGGUGGUGUAUAGGAAAAGAUAUGAUGAUCUGGAACUUCCAGAGUGCACUGACCAGGAAACUAGCGACAACAAACAGAACACCAAGAUCAACCUAAAUGGCAAAUUUAUUGAAGAUGGAACCCAAAAUGUAUAGAAGGUGGACAGAUGUGCUGUCUUGUGAAAGCUGGGACAAUACUUGUAGCCCAACUCAGCUUGCCCAUGGCAAGAUCCUGACUAAUGUAUAUGCUUUACUUAAAUCAUAGAAUCAUAGAAUCAUAGAAUAUCAGGGUUGGAAGGGACCCCAGAAGGUCAUCUAGUCCAACCCCCUGCUCAAAGCAGGACCAAUUCCCAGUUAAAUCAUCCCAGCCAGGGCUUUGUCAAGCCUGACCUUAAAAACCUCUAAGGAAGGAGAUUCUACCACCUCCCUAGGUAACGCAUUCCAGUGUUUCACCACCCUCUUAGUGAAAAAGUUUUUCCUAAUAUCCAAUCUAAACCUCCCCCACUGCAACUUGAGACCAUUACUCCUCCUUCUGUCAUCUGCUACCAUUGAGAACAGUCUAGAGCCAUCCUCUUUGGAACCCCCUUUCAGGUAGUUGAAAGCAGCUAUCAAAUCCCCCCUCAUUCUUCUCUUCUGCAGGCUAAACAAUCCCAGCUCCCUCAGCCUCUCCUCAUAACUCAUGUGUUCCAGUCCCCUAAUCAUUUUUGUUGCCCUUCGCUGGACUCUCUCCAAUUUAUCCACAUCCUUCUUGAAGUGUGGGGCCCGAAACUGGACACAGUACUCCAGAUGAGGCCUCACCAAUGUCGAAUAGAGGGGAACGAUCACGUCCCUCGAUCUGCUCGCUAUGCCCCUACUUAUACAUCCCAAAAUGCCAUUGGCCUUCUUGGCAACAAGGGCACACUGCUGACUCAUAUCCAGCUUCUCGUCCACUGUCACCCCUAGGUCCUUUUCCGCAGAACUGCUGCCUAGCCAUUCGGUCCCUAGUCUGUAGCUGUGCAUUGGGUUCUUCCGUCCUAAGUGCAGGACCCUGCACUUAUCCUUAUUGAACCUCAUCAGAUUUCUUUUGGCCCAAUCCUCCAAUUUGUCCAGGUCUUUCUGUAUCCUAUCCCUCCCCUCCAGCGUAUCUACCACUCCUCCCAGUUUAGUAUCAUCCGCAAAUUUGCUGAGAGUGCAAUCCACACCAUCCUCCAGAUCAUUUAUGAAGAUAUUGAACAAAACCGGCCCCAGGACCGACCCUUGGGGCACUCCACUUGAUACCGGCUGCCAACUAGAUAUGGAGCCAUUGAUCACUACCCGUUGAGCCCGACAAUCUAGCCAGCUUUCUACCCACCUUGUAGUGCAUUCAUCCAGCCCAUACUUCCUUAACUUGCUGACAAGAAUACUGUGGGAGACCGUGUCAAAAGCUUUGCUAAAGUCAAGAAACAAUACAUCCACUGCUUUCCCUUCAUCCACAGAACCAGUAAUCUCAUCAUAGAAGGCGAUUAGAUUAGUCAGGCAUGACCUUCCCUUGGUGAAUCCAUGCUGGGACCUUGAGGGGAUGUCCAUUGCAACUUUUAUAUCCUUAUACUGCAAAUAGCAGAUUUCCAAGCUGGAACAGCUUCUGGUAUAAAUUCCUGUGACCUGGACAGAAAGGACCGAAAAGUGGGAGGAUAAACCUCCUUAUUUUCCAGAGAUACAUACACAGAGUGAGAGAUUUCUGUCUCCAUAUAAUUUCAUGCAGUUGUCAGACAGUUUGGGUCCCAUCAGCUUGUUUGAACCCUGCAGUAUAAAUGUGAAUUGAUAAAAUACAGGUUUGCACACAUUAUGGUCUUUAUAUAAUGCGGCAACACUGGAGACUCACUCUUUUUGGUUUUUUCCUCAUUUCGUGUAGCCACCUCUGUGUUUGGAGCUCUCUCCCUGUUCCAACACUUCAGGUGCCCACCCUCUCUUUGUUCAAAUCCCUCCUCAACUCUCACUCUUCUCACCAAACCCACAACAGCUAACAUACCUCAGUAAAUAUAUCCUCUCAGACCCCAACACAUCCUGCAUGCGAUAUCCAACUCAGUAAUGAUAAGCUCUUUGGGUGAGGGCUGUCACUUUUUCCUGUCUUUUUUAUACCAGUGAUUCUGAAUCUUUCCAGACUAUUGUAACCCUUUCAGGAGUCUGAUUUGUCUUGCAUACCCCAAGUUUCACCUCACUUAAAAUUACUUGCUUACAAUAUUGACAUAAAAAUACAGAAGUGUCACAGCACACUAUUACUGAAAAAUUGGUUACUUUCUCAUUUGUCUGUAUGAAAUUUAAAUUGGGACUGACCUCGCUUGUGCUUUUUAUGUAGCCAGUUGUAAAACUAGGCAAAUACCUUGGAUGAUUUGAUGUACCCCCUGCAAGACCUCUGCGUACCCUCAGGGUUAUGCAUGUCCCAGGUUGAGAACCACUGUUUUAUACCAGUAAGCACACAGUAACCAUUCAUGACUAUUUAAUAAUAGCUAUCAAUAGUCCUCCCCAUGGGAGGCAGUGUGAUCCAAUGGAUCGGGUAUGGGACUAGGAGAUAGGAGAGGUGGGUUAUGUUCUGUGCUCUGCCACUGACCUGCUGUGCCUUAGUGUCCCCAUCUGUAAAAUGGGGAUAAUGAUACUUAACUAUCUUUGUGAAGCGCUUUGAGAUAAUGUAUACACAUUUUUCUAUAAAGCUAAGUAUUUUUAUUAACAGGAAUCAUUUUCAAAUUAUUGCUCCCCCCUCACCCCCAAUCCUGAGCCAUCCUGAAGCCCACUAGGGACAGGGGUUCUCAAACUUUUUUUGCUGGGCUGCCAUUUGAAAGCUCUGAUGUCCCUCCUCCCAUACCAUGCCACCCUUAUUUCUGCUCUGCUGCUUACUUCAGAGCUGGGCACCUUGCCAGCAGAUGCCGCUCUCAUGACCCCCCCACAAUAGCCUUGUGACCCCCCUUUUGGGUCAGGACCCCCAGUUUAAGAAACACUGCACUAAGACUUAGACUGUUUUUAGACUUGUUGGUCCAAAUACUGCCAUCACUGACACCCAUUGGUUAGUCUCAUUUCAAUGAAUUUCCAUCUAUCAUAAGGGGUCCCUGGAAAUCCAGUGUUCUUUGAGGAGGCUAAUUGCUCCAUUUUGGUUUGAUAUAACUUCUGACACCAUGUAAUGUUUAGAAAGCUGUCAGGAGUUGUGUGUGUCAUGAGAGACCAGCAUUCAGCUCCUUCUCAGUCUCUUCUGGCUUCUCUAGUUCACAUUGGGCAUGGAUGCUUUGACCAUAUAUACACUAGGAAAAUGUAUCUGUUUUAAAUACAUGAUAUCAGAUAUGACUUAGCUUCUAGAUUCUCCCACUAAGGUUAAUCAUGACCAGCUUACACUUUUUAAACACGAUUGUACUUGUCCAUGCUAUAUGCCAAAGCAUGUUUAACAUCUUGUUAUUUAGCACGUUUUCUAACAUGAUAUAUUUUCUAAGUGUAGACAAGGCCAUAGAUACUUAACCACAGCAGUUAGCAUAGUUACUCCCAUAGUUGUAAUCUAAUACCUAUCCACAUAAGAUGGCAUUUGCUAGUGUUUUAUUGUGGCUGGCUGUGACUUCCUGGGACCCCAAAUGGGGAAAAUAGACUAUUUAGAGCCAACAAGUCUUCUCAUGAAUUGGGAUUGGAAACAAUUUAAUUGCUCGUGCAAAUGGGACAAAAUCGUUUUCAAAAGUCAUGCUUUUUCUCUAAUGAUGUUGAAAAUUGUUUUGUUCCAUACAUUAAAUUCAAUGGCUUUCAGCAUUGCUUCACUGGGACCUGUUGCUACUAACUGAUCAAUUUCCUAGUAUACAUGGGGAUUUAGAACUCAAAUCAAGUGUUUGGAACAGGCAUGGAGACUGAAUGACUUGGAUCUUCCCACACACAGUUAAAGGUGUGUUAUCUGGGCAAAACAAGAAGCCUAUAUUGAUACUGCCUCUGAUUAACCUAUUCUGUGGAGAGAAGGCUUCAUUUUCCAUCACUGUCAACCAAGCAUUUGUCACAAUCACAUAUCUGAAAUGCUCAUUAAAAUAGAUUUAUAUUUUAAAAUCAAUGUGAGCUUAGUUUAACCAUGAGAGUCUCUUUAGCUAUUAUGCUUUUAGAGUAGAUUUUUAAUACUUCUACUAUUAUUCAUGUGUCAUAUUUGAGCAAUAGAAAGAUGAGGUGGGUGAGCUAAUAUCUUUUAUUGGACCAACUUCCGUUGGUGAGAGAGACAAGCUUUCGAUCCACACAGAGCUCUUCUCUAGGUCUGGGAAAGGUACUCCAGCAUCACAGCUAAAUGCAAGGUGGAACAGACUCCUGAGCAUAAGUAGUUAGCAUAUACUCUAAGCGACCAUUCAAGGUAAGACUGACACAACUACAGCUACACUGCAUAUUUGAGCAAUGAAAUUUACAGCGUAGGCAGUGAUUAGCAAGUGGAUUAAGUGGACUUUUGCGCUGGCAGCUAAGAAGACAGAUUUCCACUGAAAUCAGUUGAAGUUAGGAACCUAAAUACCGUUGAGGAUCUGGGCCCAAGGCCCCAAUUCUGAAAAGCAUUUAUGCACAUGCUUAUGUAUAACCCUAAUUAGGUCAGAACAGGUCUUGCGUAAUUUUAAGCAUGUGUUUAAGUGUUUUCCUGAAUAGGAAUGCUUUCCUGAAUAGAGCCAAAAUGAUCAUGAAAGUGGCAGAAUGUAUCAUUUUUGUUGUUGUUAAUGUUUUAUUUUAAUUAUCCAAAAAUAAAACAGGACCAUUUGUUCUA